AUGGAUGCUAUAGCACUAGCACUUGUCUCACAGUUGUCGAGCAUUCUUCAGAACCCAACAUUUCCGGCGCAUCUUCAGUCGGCCGUACAGGCUAUGCGGCAGAGUGUGAAUAAGAAGCAGAAGAGUGCAAGUAAGGACGGUGGCUCGAAAGAAAAUGGCGACUCACAGCUCUACCUGAAGAUGGAAGCUUCAGUAGUCAAUAAGGAGAUGACGGAAAGAAGCGGUUUGACUUUGGGAUACAUUGAUCUUCAAAGUGGUCAGGCAGUGCCAUUGCCACCCACCCCGGUCUCAACGCCUGACUCUAGGAUUAGCACUGAAUAUGCUACUACCACCAUUGACUCCAACAAAUGCCGUGAUAACGAGGACGCUCAGAGCUACCCCAACAAGCGGCGCAAGACCAUAAGCAAUCUUCGACCAGCAAAGGCGACCACCAUUCAUCCAGGCAGAUCACUUGAUGCUGAGUACGAAAGCUUAUCCUCGGCAGCCGCUGCCGAUUCCAGUGGAUCCAAGCCUUCUGUGCGACAGGUGCACAGUGACACCCGCUUUCCGCAACGAAAGAACCCACGGCAGGAGUAUUCGUUGCCUGUGCUGGAACCGACCUCGGCCGAUAAGCUUAUAGCAGGGAUAUGGCGACAGUUACAUUCGCCUGUAAAGCUGAGUCGUCUGCCUUCGAUCAUACAAUCAAAUACAGACAUCCGAACCGGUGUUAGUCUUGAGGUAUUUCGCGAGAUCAACACCCUAUGCUUGAAAUACUACAACCAAAGCCAAUCCUCUCGUGCUCUGGAAAUGAUCGUCCAAGCAUACUGGGUAGAAUGUUUUGAAGCACGCGUAGCCGUUAUCCGACUAGAGAAGCCUCAAUCAUCAAUGACAGAUGCGCGAAUGAUGGCUCUGAAGGAGGCUUGUGUGGUGCUCAAUUGGAAGGAAAAAGAUCUUCGUAAUCGAAUGGCAAUCUGGCGCGGUUACAAAGAAAUCAAAGAUACAGGCGGUUGGGCGUGCCUCAUAUUCGCCAGUACCGGUAUAUAUCGAUUCUGCAAGUAUCGCACGGAGUUCGGGGAAGGAUUGUUUACCCGCCUACGACAUCUGCGAUCCAGCUUCGAGGUAGCGGCCGACACUCUUCACCCGGGAUGGCGGGACCUGCUGCAAGUUAUCAGGCAAGAUACCUCGAUCGCCUAUCACGGCCAUCCGCAUGAGUGGGUAACCUUGUCUGAGGGUCCAGCUGUCCCUCUAGCUUCAACAUACGCGCAUCUUGACCUUCCUCAAGGAUUUCAGUACCAGUUCAUUGACCAGAGUGUGCUAGAUACUGCUGCCUUUGGGACACAGGAUCCACGUCGUGUACCGGAGCUAGAUCUCGAUGUGUGUCUGGUAUGCAAAGCAAGACAGUCAGAUGAGAUUGAGAAGAAUCAAUGCUUGUGCUUCCCGGCGCUAUUUGGUGGUGUUAAUCAUCCGGUGCCGGUUCAGGUAUUUCGGACGUCGACUGGGAAGAACAAUGGUGUCAUUGCGCGCUGUAGCUUCGAUCGCGGAACCGUCAUAGGGGAAUUCACCGGCCUCAUCACAAACGGCAUAGAAGGAGUAGACGUGAUGCUAGGUGGAUCGCGCGGUCGAACCUACCAAAUAUAUCAGGGGCAGAUGGGCAAUUUUACCCGAUUCAUCAACCACUCGUGUCGACCGAACAGCCAGUUCCAACGGUUCUACUGGAGGGGCAUGGAGCGCAUAAUAGUGGUCUCACGGGGCAUUAUGGCAGGGACUGAAAUCACUAUCGACUAUUCAGAUAAUUAUUGGCGCCAGUUGAGCAAGAAGUGUCUUUGUGGGGAGUCGUGUUGUCGAUUUGCUGGGAGGGAGGGAUAA